UCAAAGAAUCAUCCUCAAGAGCACUGAUGGGCAUUUUAUUGAAAUCAAUUCAAGCAAAGUUUAGCAGUUAUAGCAUCGUUUCACUAUUUGGGAGGGAUUUGUUAAGUUCAGUUCGGUUUUCUUAAGUGAUAACAAAUAUACUAACUACAUAGACGCUAAUAUGACGGUCUCAAAACCAAUUAGUUUUAAUUCAAUACUUACACGGACGCAUAAAAACUAACUUUUGCGGCUUAGAAAGAGUGGGGAGGUAAAACUCGUUAAAAACAUUCUUUUUAAAGGAAUACCGAGACUUGACGAAAUUUCUGGAAUUUCACAAACGAAGAGAAAAGGAAGAAAAACAAAUAUGUUAGUGAAUAGUUGUAAUGUCGACACAUUGUCAUGAACUAAAAUCUACGCUUUCAUAUACAAACAAGAAAAUUAAACAUUGAUAGCUAAAAUCUAGUCUGAAAUAGAUAACAUUUCCACAUUUUUAAAGCCAUUCCAAAUAGUCGUCUUUAAAAUGACGCAGUUUUUUGUAAUUGUGUACACUAGCGAUGAAACUCUGUCAGUUUAAGAACGGAUCCACUCUUGAAAGCGAUUUUAAUACGGCGCAUUUGAAUAGCGCCCUAGUUUCGAUGGCCGCUGUAUGAGUGGAGGGAGUGAUAAACAUCCAACGCGAACCUCGGUUUCAACUGAAACCGCGUUCGUUUUACGUAAAUUCGAGCUCACACACCUGGAUAGCAAAACAUAGCGAAAAACUAACAUUUGCUGUUAACUUAUCAUGGCUUUUUGAAAAGGAAGCGCAGAUUUACGGAAAACAAGCUAAACGAAAAAAAUUGAAGAAAGGUUUGUCAAAAAGGCAAAAAGAAAUGUCAACGUUUACGAAAACUGAUAACAUCUAGAACUGUCGAAAAUAUAUAUUAUAUAUUUUGAACUAAUUCCAUUUUGCCGUUUCGUAAAUUGUCAUUGUUCAAUGUUUGAACAAGUUUGUCGCGCUUUGAAGAUUUAUCGUUGCGGGGUACUUGCUUUGAUGAAAUUCGUUUCCGAUAUGACUGUUUAUUUAGUUUAUGGUAAUUUUUGAUAUUUCAUCAUUAAAUAAGCGUCACUUAACUUAUGUGUCAUGCUUUAAACAAACAGCACAUAAUCAUGACACAUCCGAACAUCCCCCAGUUUCAGCAUAAAAGCAAACGGUGUUGGGAUAUUUGACUGCAUGUCUUGCGGAGCAUUUUAAAGUCAUAGUGAUAAUAUAUAUCAGAAUACGCCCGUGAACAAUUUCGAACCUCUAUGAUGGCAAAUUGUUCUUCAAACCAAAGUGACCCAGAAAGCUGUAACAUUUCUUUCUUUUGCCGUCACGAUCCUUCACUUCUUCUUCAAGUACCGAAGAAUCUCUACUACACCUACAUCGUAACAGCGACCUUCAACGCGCUAUUUUCAUUAACAGCAUUUCUUGGAAAUGCUCUUGUCCUGACAGCUUUGGUAAGAACCCGCCUCCUACACUCGCCUUCUAAAGCGCUGCUCCGAAGCCUGGCAUUGUCGGAUCUUUGUGUUGGUUUGUUCGUACAACCCGUGUACAUUGCUUACUGCUUGUCUGGCGUCGUGGGAAACGGCUGGGUUCGUUGUGCGUCGUGGAUCGUUUAUCCCGUACUCAGCGACUACUUUAUCGCUGUGUCUUUCUUCACCAUGAUUGCCAUAAGUAUCGAUAGAUACUUGGCAUUACAUCUUCGCUCGCGUUAUCGCUCAGCUGUAACAAUAAGGAAGGCAAACAUCACGGUUCUGACGCUGUGGAUUACAAGUUUGAUUUUCCCAAUCACGCGCUUGGUAAAAGGAAACCUCUCGGUUGCUUUAUCCAUUGCCUUUUUUGCGUUAUUUGUGCUGAUACCAACUUUUACACACUUAAAAAUUCAUCGCAUGUUACAGAACCAAGGGAGACAAGUUUCAAACCAAUUUUUCCUACACCGCGAGGAAAGCUACCUUUCAAUUAACAAAUACAAGAAAUCCGUUUCUGCAAUGCGUUACAUCUAUAUUGCGUUAAUGUUAUGUUAUAUUCCCAUCACUUUUGUAGCCGUUCUAUAUAUCAAGAAUGAUUCGACUAUGCGGAAGUAUCUCUUGCCAGUGGGACAUUUUGCGACCACGCUGCUGUUCUUUAACUCUUCUUUAAACCCAGUUUUGUAUUGUGUUCAGAUCAGGCAGGUUAGAGGAGCCAUGUGGAACCUUGUAAAUAACUUGAUUCCUUGCUGUUAGGUUUUGAUGAUACAGAACGUGCCAACUAGGGUAGGCUAAUACUGACAAAUAUAUGAUUAAAUAAUUAGGGACAGUAACAGCGACAUGUAGAAACACACUGAAUGAUGGUCAUGGCAACCUUGAAUGACAUUUCCUGAAAAUCUCUAUUGAAGUCACCAGUUCUUUCCUCUUUGUAGUGAAGUUGUGUCCAGAGGAAGUUGUAAAUAUUCUAAGACUCUAAUAUAAGAACAUUAAACAACGCCGGAAAAUAACCUUUCUCUCUGCUAAAAACUUCAUUACGCCAGUGUUAAACUUUGAAGAAUUUUCCGAGUUUUCUCAUAAACGUUUAAACAAAAAUCGUGAUUUUUUUUAGGGUGCUAUAGUGGCGAAACAUUUAACCAAUAGAAAAAAUUAAAACUCCAAUCACUUACCGUGUAGCACUAAAUUUUUGCGUGUUCUAAUUUUUGCGAUUUUUGCCGUUUUUUCCACGAUCCGCAAUAAAAGUUCGCGCACAAAAAAUUCCCGCAAAAAUUUACUCCAGUGACGAAAUUAUACAUAAAAAUAUCACAAGUGGAAUCUUGUUGCUGCCAUUUAUUUAAAACGACUUUUUGUUCAGAAACAAACCGAUGAAAAGAGAAACAAAACGUUCAGAAAUAAAAAAGGUUUACAGGAAAGAAUCGUCUGAAGGUACUCCAUUGAGAAGAGCAUCUACAAUUCCGCACAAGAGCACGAUGUAAUUGUGAUAGAGUGAAACUGAUUACUGGAUUACUGUGUUUUACAUCUCUACGUGUUUUCUCACUUGUCAAUUGCAUGAAAUUUUCGUAAUUUCAGUCAAAGGCGACUUUCCUAAAGCCGCAAAAAUUAGUACCCAGCAAGAAAAACCAGUUUUUUUACGAUCGCAAAAAUUAGUUCCCGCAGAAUACAACAAAUCGCCAAUUCGCAAAAAUAAACACCCACAAAAAUUUAGUGUCGCACGUUAUAUUCACAGUAACCUGUAAACUUUGAGUUUGUCAUGGAUCAUCAGCCAUGUUUUGGACGUUAAAAAAGCGAAAUAAAACAUAACCACCCAAAGUUUGGAACACUGAAAAAUUUAAAGGUUCACGGGCAACACAAACAAGAAAAAUCAGCAAAAUAGAAGCAACCAAGAAGAAUUAAAGUGUUUCAGAUUUGCUAAAUUGGAUAAAUAUUUCCUUCAAAGCUCUUUGUAAGUACGAAGAGUUUACGAAGAUAAUGACGACAAAUGACUGUGCUUUAUGGUCACUUAAAGAAAUGGUGGCUUUUAACCUCCUGUUGGAUAACUCGACAUUCUUCUCAACAAAAAUAAAUAAUUUUACCGUAAUCAACAAAGCUUUCGUAAUAUUUAUUGUGUUUAAUCAAGGGAAAAUUAAGCUCUCUUGAUUUUCUUUAUGUUUUCAUUCGCUUUUGUUAGAAAACUGACAGAUUUUAAGUGUUUUCCGGCGCUGUAAGAAAAUAAAGACAUAUUGUGAAGCCCUCUAUAUUGUAAACCAUAUAUAUGUCACUUCUCAAAAUUUGCCUUAGCAGCUUCACUCGACAAUCUGUGAUCUUCUUUUCGCGAAAUUUUAGUAAAGGAAGGAGAAAAGACGUCUUUUAACUUGUUUGCCUUCCUCUACCGCCUUCUCUCCAUCCUUUGGGCUUCAGUUUGCAAAAUAUAUUUGAGUAUGAGACAGAAAAUACAGAUAUCAGUAAUGCAUAUAUGUAAAAGGUUAUCGGAGAGGAAAGUUGCGUCACAUGCAACAU